CAACCAGAGGCAGAUCGAAGGAAAAAAUGACAAAGAUUAACACAUCAUGACAGAGCUUAGUUGUUACUGGGACUUAGCAUCAGAAGACCCAGAAAUACGUAGUAAAGCUACUAUAAAGCUUAUUGAAGGGGUUAAAUUAGCAAUUCCUAAGGAUGAAGAAGAUAAGAGUUUAGGAACAUCAAAAAAAUCUAUAGAAAAUGUUUUAGGAGAGAAGGGAAUGUACGCACUGACUAGAUUAAUUAAAGGCCUUUCUAGCAGCAGAGAAUAUAGCAGACUGGGGUUUUCUACGGCGUUAUCAGAGUUUUUGUUAGAAAUAAAGGGUCUAGAUGCAGGAGAAAUUAUUGAAUUAAUUGAGAAAUAUAAUGGGGAGAAGGGGAAUUAUUCAGCACAAGAAGAAAGAGAUUUUUUAUUUGGAAAAUUAUUUGGUAUGAAAGCAAUUGUGGUUUCUAAGAUACUUGAAAGGACGGGAUGUAUUGAGAAGAUAGAGAAAGUGGUAGAAAUAUUGAUUGAAAUAUCAUUAAAAAAAAGAUGGAUGAGGGAACCAAGUUUUUAUGUAAUAAACGAUAUAUUAGUUCAGUUUAAGGAAUUUUCUCAGUCUGAGGAAGUCUAUAGUAGAAUUCUUAAAAAAAUAUGUGAUUCUGGGAUGUCUAAGACAUUAGAAGGGGUAGCAAUAAUAUUAACGAUUGAUAAAUAUAAGGAUUUGAAGUCUAUUGGGGAUACUCAAUGGAGUCCUUUAAAUCCUCUUGAUUCAUCUAAUUUGGAGGAACUAGCUAAAGUUUUAAAAAAUGAUAAUAUUAAUUCAGAAACAAAACAGAAUGUGAGUUGGAAUACAAGAUCACAUUUUGUUUGGAAUAUAAUUAUAGAAAUGUACACAUCAGAAGCGAAUAAUUCAGUGAAUUCAUCAUUUUUAGAAUUUUGGACUAAAGUUAUUGAUGAAUCCUUUUUUUCAGCUACAUCAUCUCUUGAAAAAAAGUUUUUAGGAUUUCAAGUAUUUAAUAUGGCAUUAUCUAAAAUUGAAAAUUCAGAUAUUGUCCAUUUAUUUUCUAAAAAUUUCAUGCGUUGCUUUAUAAAUCAUUUAUCAGAUGAGGAUAGAUAUUUGAACAAAAUUUCAAACAAAGUGAUUUCAUGUAUAAUUUCAACGGCUAAUACUGAAAAAAAAACUAUUCUUCCAAUAAUUAAGUCUCUUCUAGGGCCUUUAGGAGCAUUAAAUUUUGAUAAAAUUACAAAAACUAAACUUAUAGAAUCUUUAAUUUCUUUAGCAGAUGAAAACAGUUUAUGGGAUAUUUUGCAACUGUUAAAAACAAUUACAUGUUCACCGUACUCGAAAAAUGAAGAUAUAGAUCAGAAACGUCAAAUUUCAAUUGAUAUAAUGCUUAGUAUUUUAAGAAACAAGAAAUGCAAUAAAAGUAAUGAAUGGAUAAUAGAUUAUAUAACAUUUUUCGUAACUUACGGAUAUUUUGAACCUAAAUUAAAAGAUUUUGAACAUCCAUUUUCUACUAAUACAAAAACUGUAUUAAGAUCUCGUCUUUCAUCAUCUCUUGCAUAUUUAAACUCUAAGGAUCACUCUAUAGAGUCUAAUAAAAAUUCACAAAAACAAUUUUUUUGGCCAUCUUUUACUAUUGAACUAAUUAUUUCAUUAUCUGAAUCAGAAAAAUAUAAUUUAUCAGUAAACAUAGAUUCAAAAAUUCUUAAAAUUAGAGAUAAAUCCAUAAAAAUUUUUAAAAAGAUUUUAGUAAAGAAAUCUAAUUCAGAAAAAAAGACAGCACAAGAACUACUUGCUUUUGAAUUGUUAUAUUCCUUAUCUAUUUUGCAACUUUAUAACGAGGAUCCAGAAGCUAGUUCAGUUCUUGAAGAACUUAAAAUCUGUUAUAAUAAUCUUUUCAAAGAAAAAACAAAAUCAUCAGAAAAUACAAUUGAGAUUCUUACUGAUAUUCUUUUGGGAUUUUUGUCUAAACAUUCUAUUUUAUUUCGAAAAUUAGUAGAACAGACAUUUAGAUAUAUUUCAGAUAAAAUAAAUUAUAAAUGUCUGUCAUUAUUGAUAAAUGUUCUUCAAACAGAUGAGAAUUCAGAUAAGAAUAAUACUCUAUUUGAAGAAAUUACUUCAGAUGAGGAUUAUAAUAAUAUAGACAAUGAUUCUAAAUCAUUAAAUAAUGAGGAUAAAACGAAUACAGAGGAUGAUUUUAACGAUAUAAUUAACGAUAUUAAAAAAGACAAUGUAUUUAAAAAAUCUCUAGAUAUUUCCUCAAAUAUUUCUAAUGAAGAUGUUGAAAAUGAUUCUGAAAAGUCUAUAAAUGAUGAAGAGAUGUUAGAAUUAGACAAACAUAUAGGAAAUAUGCUAAAAAAAAGAAAGAAAAAAAACAAAAACAAAAAGGUUGAUCUUAAAGAAAAUAUUAUAAAUUUUAAAAGGAAAGUUCUGGAUAUAUUAGAUAUUUUUUUGGAACUACGUAACGAAGAUCCAAUAAUUCUUGAUUUGAUUUUACCAUUAUUAACUUUAAUACGUACUACAUCAUCUGAUAUUAUUUCAAACAGAGCACGAAAUUUAAUUGGAAAUAAAUUAUGUAAAGCAAAAAUCAAUUUAAACGAAAUUAAAAUUGAAUACGCUUUUGAUAUUCUUAAAAAAAUACAUGAAGAUGUAUUAAAAAUGAAAAAAAGAGGUACAGGAAUGCCUCAUAGUCAAUCUAGCAUAUUUCUUGUUAAAAUUAUUAUCUUUAAAGAUAUAAAUUAUAUAGACCAAAUACUAAAAAUAUAUUCUGCAACAUUUAAUACAUGGAUAACAAAGAAAAAAAUCAAACUUCAAGCAUCAUUAUUUACUGAUCUGAUAAAUUGGGGAGCUCAAUUCAGACAAAAAUAAAAUAGGUUUACAUUUUAUAUAAUACAAAAUAUUAAAAAUAUAU